AUGGCUGCGAGAAGGACUGCAGCUGAUCAACAAAAGGCACUGGAUGAGCAACUCGUUGACCUCCUUGCUUCUCAGCGAGAACUAGAUGACUUGAAAUCUGAGCUGGGGCGACGACGGCGUGUGCUUCUUCUGCUUGAGACACUGAAAAAGAAGGAGGAGAUUCGGAUAACAAGAAUGAAGGAGAUUGACCUCUUGUUACAGAGACUAAGGGGAGCACAGUCGACCGAGAAUGCGGUGUACCAUCCGGUUGAUUCUCUCGCUUCUUCCAACCCAGCUUCCUCACAAGGCAAAUCUCAGCCCAUUUCCUUGACUCGGGACACUCUUACACAAUUACAUAUCUACCACAGUACCCACAGUCGCAUCGCUCGCUCGCUCGUCGCGUACGAUGCCCGCUCAGUACGAGACCAACAACGCCGUCUCCAGGAGUCGAUAGCGAACGCUCUUCACGUCACAGUCGACGAUGACCGAGCGGUUGAGUGGUGUGCCAAAUUAUCAGCCGAGGCUGAGCGUCGGGCCUACAAAAAAUUGGUGUACCGCCGACCAUCCCCAUCAAUAGUCAUGCAACACAACCCGAAGCAACCGGAAUCGACGCAUAGUAUCCAAAGUUCGGUAGAGGAUAUAAUAGCUCGUCUCCAUCAGAAGGAGCAAAACCUUCAGCAUCUCGCGAACGGGGCCACAGCUUUAGGACAAGGCUGUCUGUCUCAUAUAGAUAUGAUCUCGAAGGCUAUUCAUCAUACUGCUCCGGAACUGCACUCCUCCCUUCAAACGCAAGCUCGAGUCUCUUCAAACGAUGGGAUGAUUAUGCCCGAUCCCACGAAUGCUGCCAGUACUUCAACUCAGGCCUACGUCAACCGACUCGUCGAAGACAUCCUUCGCUCGCAGGGCCUCCUUCGAAGCGCUUCAUCCACAAAGAGAGAAAGCAAAGGAGAGACCGUCGCGAAAUUGGAGACGGUCUUGGGUGUCAAGGGACGACAACAGAUAGUCAGCAGGGUAGAGGAGAUGUUGGAACGAGACCACCGCACACGAACCUUCGCGUCAAGGAUUACGCUUCCUCUCCCUUCCUCUACUAGUGUUGACCCAUCAGACCGCCAUCAAUUAAUCAACGCAACGAACGACUCGGUCCUUACAGCUCAAACAACAGCCACCGACCUUCUGCAUGCGAAGCUCAAGCAAGCCGAAGACGUCGAGGGCAUGGUGAAAGAGGUGAGGAGGCUCAGGCGGGAUGUAAGAGCUUUUGUUGAUUCGAUUUGA